GUAAUGGAUCAAUCGUAUAAAUCAAAAUUCAACAAAUUCAAGUGCAGUGCAAAAAUAAACAAUCCAAAGUGCAACCGUCAUAAUCUACGGGGCAUGUCAUUAAGAUUGAUAGAUAAAAUUCAUUCCAUGGGAUAUACACAUGAAAUCGACGAAUCGAUGAGUAUUUGUGAGUCAUGUCGUGGAUUGAUAAGUCACAACAGAAGCCCGAAUACGAAAAAACGCCGAUCGGAUGGAAACGACGAAACUAUGCAACCAUCAUUUAGUGGGCAGCAACAUCAUGAUGUUCCAGAACCAGAACCGUCAACGAGUGGUCAACAAAUCGAACAUGAGCUGGAUAUGGUACCAUCUAUUUCAUCAUUGGAGUCAAUUCCGUCAACAGAUCAACUACAGGGUCCCCAUAAUAUUGAGAAGUUUAAUACCAUUGCUGAAACAUUGAGUUUAUCGCCAAUCUCAUCUAGAAACAUGAGAAGUAUGGAAUAUCGCAUAAACAAAUCAUUGCAGAUUACGAAAGCAGUUCGAAAAAAUAUCUUCGGAAUAGAUUCAACGGAUGUUGGCAAAGUGGAGGCGUAUGACGAGAUAAUUAUGCUGUUAAAGGAUAAGUUCAAUCACCCUACAACUGACAGAAGCGAACAGAUUAAAAUACUAUCUGUACUUCCUAAGUCUUGGUCGGUAAAUAAAAUCACAAGAGAGUUUAACGCACCAAUGUAUAUGGCGAGGCAGGUGAAGGAUCUUGUUUAUGAACAGGGUAUUCUUUGUACCACCGAAAAAAGAAGGGGGCAUGGUAUUGAUGACGAUACAAAAGAAAUAGUAAGAGAAUUUUUUGAUGAUAAUGAUAUCAGCAGGCCAAUGCCAGGAACAAAUGAUUUUGUUUCUGAGGUUCGAAAUGGAAAAAAAACAACAAGUUCAAAAACGACUUUUGAUGAUGUCGCUCAAAGAGGCUUAUAUGAUUUUUGUAGAUAUGUACAAAACUGUGAAUAUUGGUUUCACAGUAUUUACACAGUUGCGACCAAAGCAUUGUAUUUUACUUGAUUCUACUGGUAUACAUAAUGUAUGCAUAAUGCAUAUGUACUAUUCAUGAAAAUGUAAAUUUAAUGUUCCACAGUAUAAGAAUUGUGUCACAAGAUGAAAUAAUACAAAAAAUGCUUUGCGAUAUUUCCACCAGAACAGAUAAUUGCUUUUUCCGUGCUUGUGAAAAGUGUGCUUGUAAUGAACACAUUGAAGAGGAACUUACAUUGAUAUUAGAAUCAAAUGACAAAGAAGAGAUUAUAUUUCAGCAGUGGUUGAAUACUGAUCGCUGUAAUUUAGAAACGAUUAUUAAACCUGUUGAUGAAUUUGUUCCGUAUCUUGUUGAUAAAAUUGACAAACUUAUAACACACGACUUUAUUCAUAAACAACAAUCAUCAUUUCUCAGAAAUAAAAAAAAGAUACAUUAAAGGAUGAUGAAAUUCUUGCGAUUUGUGAUUUGAUUUGAAAGAUAAUAAACUUGUAAAUGUUAGCUUCAUUAUCAUAUCGAAAGUAAUGGCUCACGAUACAGUUGCGGUCCAGUUGUUCAUCUCAAAAAUGAUAGAUUUUAUGAAACAAUUAACGAUUUUUUCUAAAAUUUAUUUUAUGUCUGAUGGGGCAGCAUCACAAUACAAAAAUAAGAAGAACUUUGCUAGUCUAUGUAGAUUCCAGUCAAAGCAUGCAUUAAGAGCAGAAUGGCAUUCUUUUGCAACGUCCCACGGUAAAGGUCCAUGUGAUGCUAUUGGUGGCACUCUCAAGCGAAUGGCAAAGAGAGCAAGUCUUGCUCGAGAUUAUGGAAAUACCAUAACAACUCCAAGAGAGUUAUAUAACUGGGCAGUUGUAAAGACAGAUAAAAAUAUAACUAAAUUAAAUUUCUGUUACGUAUCCACUGAACAGUACAUUAAAAUGUCAGAAGAUCUCGAAGAAAUAUAUAAUAACGCCAAAACAAUACCAGGCACUCAGAAAUUCCAUAGUUUUUUGCCUAUUCCUGGCGACAAAGUAAAGGCAAACAGGUAUUCUAAUUCAGAAGAUGAACCAAAAAUAUUUAGUAUGAUCGGAAAAAAAUAGAAAAGAACAUGUUUGAAAUUGGCUCUAAGACACAUAUAUAUAUAUAUAUUUGAAAAAAUCAUAAUUAUAAAUAGUUGUAUAUUUAAAAGUGCACUUCAAUACAUAUUGCGAUCAAACAUUACAUUUCCUAAGAAAAUACAUUUGUAAUAUUUUGAAGUUUUUUAUGUAUAGGAAAACCCUUCCAAAUGAUUGAAUAAAUAACACAAAAUCUCCUAGAAAAUUGAGUUUCAUUGCAUUCUGGGAUUGUUAUGGCCUUCAUUGGGUUUAUUGUUAAUAACAAAAUACACUGAAAAAAAAUCAUUCGAACAAGAAAACGUUUUUGUUAGAAAAACUUUUUUUUUCUUAAAAGUGCCCAUCUUGUGAUGUAUGGACGGUUGGUAGGGAACAUAAUUACCUGUCUUGAGACAAAAUUUCAUCAAAAUCAAAAAUGGUGUUUUUUUUAAAUCAACUUUGAAUUUUUAGAAAUGAUUUUUUUCAGUGUAGGGCUCAUUUUGGAUUUUUUUAGUAUUUUUUUCUUAAAAUUUGACUUAUUUUGUGAUAAUCACCCAUACAACACUUUUUUGUAGGAGUAGUCAUUUUUUGAUUAAAAACAUUUUUAAAAAAUCCAUAAAAAAAGUUUAGCCCUUUUCAAAAGUCAGUCGAGAAAAAAAUUAGAAAAAUGAGUAUGCAAAGUGGCUUAUCUGGGCAAGGUCUACACACCAAGAAAGUUUCGUUGUAAUCUGAGAGGGUGCUGCCAACAUUUGUCCGAGUUGGCGCGA